UAGCAAAAUAAAAUGUGGGGCUAAGGUUCUCCAAUUAUUUAAACAAGCUUGAUGGGUGAAGGGGUGCUCAAAGGCAAUCCCAGUGCAUUUGUUGUUUCUUGUCUUGGAUGGCUCCAGCUCAGGUGGCAUGCUGUGAUUCUUCUCUCUUUUCUUCUGGUCCUCCUCCUCCUCCUCCUUCUCCAAGGUUUGAAUGGCCUGAGCCAAUACAGAGAGUCCAAUCUAUUGCAGAGAGUGGCAUAAAAUGCUUGCCUCCUAGAUAUGUUAGGCCUGUGGAGGAGAGACCGUCAGGGCAUGUAUUAGUUGAAGAACAGAUACCUCUUAUAGACAUGUCUGGUCUUCUGGAUGAAAGGAGAGCAAAAACAAUGGAAGAGAUUUCAGAUGCAUGCAAGAAGUGGGGAUUUUUCCAAAUGAUUAAUCAUGGAAUGAGCUCUGAGCUUCUAAAUGCUGGGAGGGAUGUGUCAAGGAGGUUUUUUCAGCUUCCUUUGGAGGAGAAGCAAAAGCAUGCCAAUGAUCCAAAAACCUAUGUUGGAUAUGGGAGUAGGAUUGGUGUGCAGAAAGGGGUUGUUCUUGAUUGGGGGGACUAUUACUAUCACCAUUUCCUGCCUGCUUCUAUAAGGGAGGAGCAUAAGUGGCCUUCUAAACCACUUGAAUAUAGGCCUACAAUGAAAGAAUACUGCAAUGGAGCUCUACAAGUGUGCAGAACUCUGCUAUCUGUGUUCUCUCAAAAUUUGGGUCUUCCUCCCAAAUAUCUGGAAGAAGCUUUUGGAGGUGAAGAAGAUAUGGGCAUAUGUGCGAGGGUGAAUUACUAUCCAGUAUGCCCACAACCAGACCUCACAUUUGGUCUCUCCCCUCACUCAGACCCAGGAGGGAUUACCAUUCUUCUGCAGAAUGAUGUUUCAGGUCUUCAGGUUAGGAAGGGAGAUUAUUGGGUUCCUGUCCGUCCUGUUCCUGAUGCUCUCAUAAUAAAUCUUGGUGAUCAGAUUGAGAUAUUAACAAAUGGUAUCUACAAAAGUGUGGAGCACAGAAGUAUUGUGAACAAUAACAAGGAACGUAUGUCAAUAGUGAUUUUCUGUAAUCCAGAUGGAGACAAGAAAGUUGGGCCUGCCAAGGACUUGAUAGGUGGUUCCAAUCCUGUAAAGUACAGACAGAUGACGUUCAAUGAGUACCGCAUGUUUAUCAGAACCACAGGCACUAAGGGAAAGAGUUACGUUAAUUCAAUUAACUCAACCUCUUGAACAUUUCACUGGGUUCUUCUGUCCUCUCGCAUCGUUGUCAUUCUUAUAACCCGUUGUACCUGAUCUGUAUGACAGAAUUCAAGGACAAGAAAACAUGUGUACUUAAAAUAAAAAAGAGAGAAUUUACAGGCCAAUAAUAUUGUAUAUCUCAAGCAUAUACCAAUGUAAAUAGAAAUGUAUUUUUCUUCUAGCACGGUGCUCUCUAUGGAGUCAUGGGUUCCUCAGAAAAGUAAUGGUUGCGUCAAUUUCAUCACAUACAAUGAAACAGUCAGCUUCUACUUGCAAUAUCACAGUUACUGUGAAUUGCGAUUGGGCUUGCGAAGGAAAAAGAAAACUGAAAACGAUAUAGAUGUAUUAAACCCAUGUAAUCAAUCCAGUUAUAAAUUUACAAAGAAGCAAUUUAAAUAUAAUUAUGGUUUGUU